AUGGCGUCUAGUAGCCAAUCCACCACUGGCUUGGAACAACAAUGGAAGGAUAUUUGUUUGGAAGAAGAAGAAGAUAACGAGGUGGCUUACGAAGAAGAGGAAGAGGAAGAGAUUGAAUUUGAUGAUCGUUGGUGUCUUGUCGGGCGAUUAUUGACUGGGAAAAUAUCUGAUUUUCAAAUAUUUCAAAAUAUGAUAGCGGAUUUAUGGAAACCCGGGAAAGGCAUGUAUAUCAAGAUUCUUGAGCAAAACCGAUUUCUAUUUCAGUUCUACCAUGAAAUAGAUAUCAAACGUGUUUUGGCGGGCAGCCCGUGGACAUACGACCGCAAACAACUCAUCAUCGAGCGACUCAAACAAGGUGAAAAUCCGAGAACAAUUCCUCUAAACAAUCUUGAUAUUUGGGUGCAAGUCCAUGAUCUACAACCCGGGUUUAAAACCGAGAGGGCUAUUUGUCAAGCCGGGAACUACAUUGGUACGUAUCUUGAAUCGGAUCCUAAUAACUUUCAAGGUAUUUGGCGUGAAUAUUUACGUGUUCGUGUUCGUCUGAAUAUUGAAAAACCUCUAAAAAGGCGUAUGAAGUUCAAGAAGAAGAAUGGUGAUGUGUUCUAUGCAAAUUUCAAGUAUGAGUACGUUCCCACCUUUUGUUUUAUCUGUGGCAUCAUGGGCCAUUCGAAGAAUUUUUGUAGCCAACUCUAUCAUACACCACCGGAAUUGAUCAAGAAGCCAUACAGUAAAGAUAUGCGAGCUCCGUCACGGCGUCAGAACUUCCUCACGGCUUCUCCUUGGCUUAGGACCGGCAAGCCUGAACCUCCCAUGGCCGACGGUAGCAAAUCACCACAACCAACUGCAUUCAACAUGAAGACUCAAUCGCUGCCUCAAUCGCAGCCUAUGAUUGCGAGUCCAACAAGGCAGAGUAAUCAACUCCCUGUCACAAAUGUUACCUUCCAAAAUUCUCUCCUUGAUUCUAGGCAUUUGGGUCAUCCAAUUUUGGAAAAUACAAAUGAGGCAACUUUCCAUAUCCAUGCAAAUGAAUCAACAUUUAUGUCAGAGGAUAACAUGGAUCUUUAUGAAUUGAAGAGGAAGAGAAUUGAUUCUCUCUCUACACAUUCGGCCAAGAUAGUGGAAGAAGGGGUGGUGAGUAUUUCUGAAGCAAUUAGUUUUCAUGGUAGUGAUGCUAAUGGGCUUCCAAAAAACGUGGAACAGCCCAACUUUAUUUUCCUCUGUGAAACUUUAUGCAACAAUGACAUUGUGGAUAGACUCAAGGUUUGGUUGGGCUUUGAGAAUAGCUUUUCUGUGCCGACCCAAGGUAGAAAAGGUGGUAUUGCUUUUUUAUGGAAAGUUGCUACUGGUGCCCAUUUGCUUAAGUUUUCGGCCCACCACAUUGACUUAGAGAUUCAUGUUCCUGGCUUUGUUCAUUGGCGUCUAACUGGGUUCUAUGGUGAGCCAAACCGUGCGAGAAGACAUACAACUUGGAAUCUUCUUCGUGAGCUUGUCGAUUCUUCACCAUUACCAUGGUGUAUCCUUGGAGACUUCAACAACAUUACCACGCAUGAUGAUAAAAAGGGCGGUCGUCCUUACCCUCAAUCUUUGAUCAACGGCUUCAAUACUGCUCUCCAUGAUUGCCGAUUGUGCGAACUUCAACUGCGUGGUCAUAAGUACACUUGGGAACGUGGAAAAGGGACUCAAAAUCACAUUGAAAUAAGGUUAGACAAAGCUUUUGCUACUCAGUCUUGGCUAACUAUUUUUAAUGAGGCUCGUUUGUCAAAUUUUGAUUUUUCAUCCUCCGAUCAUACGCCUAUUUUUCUUGAACCUGCACCUUGUGUGAUGAGUAAACCAGUGGUCAUUUUUCGGUAUGAAAAUGCUUGGAGCCGUGAGCCUCUAUGUAGUCAAAUUGUCCGAAGUUGUUGGGAGCUCAAUGCUACACUUUCCCUUGCUGAGAAAACUAAACUUUGUCUUGAUACUCUUCUUGAGUGGGGCCGUGAUCUUACUGGUCAGUUUAAGAAGCGGUUGGCUACUAGUAAGAAGAGGCUUUCGUGUCUUAAGUCCCGUGACAAUCCGGAUUCUCAUGAAGACUUCUUGAUUGAGAAAUGCAACUAUUUUGAGAUUUUGGCUCAGCAAGAACUCUAUUGGAAGCAGAGGUCUAAACAAUUCUGGUUAAAUGGAGGAGACAAGAACAGGCAUAAAACCCAACAAUACUUUCAUGCUACCGCAAGCUCUCACAAACGGAAUAACCAAAUAGUUCAGCUUCAGGAUAGCAAUGGCGUGUGGAAAGGCUGGGAUUCUGGUCUUGAUCAGGUAAUUAUUGAUUAUUUCUCAGUUCUCUAUACUACUGAUCAUGCUAUAUGUGGCUCUGUUGUUAAUGGCAUUCGGCGUACUGUAACUGUUGAACAAAAUGAUGCCUUACUUUGCCCAAUCACACCUGAUGAAGUUAAGCAAGCUCUCUUCCAAAUGCAUCCUGAUAAAGCUCCCUGUCCUGAUGGUAUGAGUCCCGGUUUUAAUCAGAAACAUUGGGAUAUAGUCGGCACUGAUAUUGUUAAGCUUGUCAUGGAGUUCUUCAACAAUGAAUGCAUGCCGAUUGGUCUCAAUGACACUCAUCUAGUGUUGAUUCCAAAGAAGAAGAACUUCUCCUCUAUGGGUGAUUUGCGUCCUAUUGCUCUCUGUAAUGUCUCCUACAAGAUUCUUUCGAAGGUCCUUGCCAAUAGAAUGAGAGUGCUAAUUGAUCAUAUCAUCUCUCCUACUCAAAGUGCGUUUAUUCCUGGAAGGCUUAUCUCUGAUAAUAUCCUGAUAGCCUUUGAAAUCAUGCACUACCUCAAGAGGAAAACAAAAGGUAAAAAAGGAUUCAUGGCCAUGAAGCUUGAUAUGAGUAAGGCUUAUGAUCGUGUUGAAUGGGAUUAUCUGUCUGCUGUCAUGCAUCAUAUGGGGUUUGCUGGUAAAUGGGUCAGCCUUAUUAUGAAAUGUGUUACUUCUGUUCAGUAUUCUGUUUUCCAUGAUGGCCAUCUCAUGGGGCCGAUUGUUCCCUCUCGUGGAAUCCGCCAAGGAGAUCCUUUAUCUACUUAUCUGUUCAUCAUCUGUGCUGAAGGGUUCUCUUCCUUGAUCAGAAAGUUUGAAGAAGAUCAGGUUAUUCAAGGUUGCCGUGUUGCUAGAAAUGCUCCUCCCAUAACUCAUAUGUUGUUUGCUGAUGAUAGUUACCUUUUUUGUCAAGCAAAUCCCACCACAGCUAUCAACAUCAAGCAAAUGCUUCACUCCUUCGAAAUUGCAUCUGGACAAAAGGUGAAUGUGGCUAAGUCUUCUAUUUUUUUCAGCCCCAACAAUGCAACACCAAACCGUAAUGAGAUAUGUAAUGUUCUUGGCAUGACAGAAGCUACUGAUGGCUCUCUUUACUUGGGACUACCUAACAUUAUAGGUAGAAAGAAGACUGUGAUACUUGGCUUCCUCAAAAACAAGAUUAUAAACCGGCUCAAUAGUUGGAAUGGCAAGUUCCUAUCUCGUGCAGGCAAAGAAGUUCUCCUUAAAUCUGUUAUCCAAUCUCUUCCAACUUAUGCUAUGAGCGUCUUCCUUCUUCCCUUGGAAACUUGUCAAGAGAUUGAGAAGAUUAUGGCUAACUUUUGGUGGAAAACUUCAAGUGCUAAAGGUCAAGGAAUCAUAUGGAUGUCUUGGGAUCGUAUGGCAAUUCCCAAACAUUCCGGUGGUAUGGGCUUCCGUCACUUACAUGAUUUUAAUCUUGCGAUGCUGGCCAAACAAGGGUGGCGGUUUCUUGUCUCCCCAACAUCCCUUGCCAGUCGUGUGUUCCAAGCCAAGUAUUAUCCCAACUCUGAUUUUCUUUCUGCAGAGCUUGGCAACAAUCCAAGUUUUGUUUGGCGUAGCAUCUGGAGUGCACAAAGCUUGGUUAAAUUGGGUUGUCAACGAACCAUUGAUAAUGGAAUGUCAACAAGUAUCUUGAAGCACCCUUGGCUCCCCGAUCCCGUCAAUCCUUUUGUGACUUCCAAUGCUCUCGGCCUCACCAACCAAAUGGUCAACUCUCUUAUGGAUAUUCAUGAGACAUCUUGGGAUAUUCCCCUGAUUAGUAAACAUGGUCAGCAGAAUCAACCAAACUCAGGAUUUUGGCACAGGUUUUGGCAUCUUAAAAUACCACCAAAAGUGAAGAACUUCAUGUGGCGCGCUGUCACCAAUACCCUCCCCACAUGCCUUGAACUGGCUUCAAGGAAUGUUGAUCUAUCCUCCUUGUGCCCUGUCUGCCGCAAUGCGGGUGAGACUGCCUCUCAUGUGCUAAUGAAUUACUCAUUUGCUUUCAGCUGUUGGGAGCGUUGUGGGUUCACCAUCCAAUCCGAUACUUCAUCAACUAUUGGUUAUUGGCUUGACUCUACAUUCGCAUUGUAUGGUGAUGAUAUAGCUUGCCGUGCCAUCAUGAUCUGUUGGGCACUUUGGAAGUCUCGAAACAAGCUUGUUUGGGAGAAGAAGACUUCCUCUCCAACUCAAGUCAUUCAUUCAGCAUGGACUACACUUGACCACUGGCGUACUGCUCAAGAUAAAACUAGUUUAUUAUCAUUGCAACUCUUGCAACAUGAUAAUAACAUUGAGCGUUGGACUAAACCCGAUUCUUAUACAGUCAAGUUAAAUGUUGAUGGAGCGUUAUUUGAGAGAGAAAGUGCUUAUGGUUUCGGCAUUGUUGCUCGAGAUUCGACGGGCCACAUUGUUGAUCUCCGAGCCACAUAUCAGUGA